CUCCCCGUUUUUUUUUUUUUUUUUUUUUCCUGCUGGGGACUUGUGAAUGGCAGCCAAUGGGAGGGUUGAGUCCCCCCUCAGCCUCUCUCAGCCUCCCUGACAUCCACACGGAGAAGUGAUGCAGCGCGACUGAGACGCGCAGUUGAGGUGGAACAACACCAAAAAAAAUAAUUUAAAAAAAGAUAAAGAGACAGAGAGAGAGAGAAAGACAGAGAAGAAAAAAAUACGGAUACACGCGGCUCCGAAAAAAAGAAGAAAUAACCUCGUGUUAGAAUAAACUUCAGCAGGUGCCGCUCGCCGCCCCAUGUGAGCCUGAGGAGAACUUCCUGCUUCGCUCGAUUACAGCAUGAGAACUGAUCUGACACUCUGACCCGAGCGAACCACCGGACGCAGACCGCUGAGGGGGGGGGCGAGGCGGGGCAGGCAGAAGGCCGUGGUGGGUGCCGGCGGUGGCGUGGACAUGGAUAGACGGAGCGUUUGCCUGCUGCUGGCGAUGCUGUGGGUCUCGGCCCACCUCGGCUCUCCGGGGCUGGGGCUCAGGGCCCUGCGGAGGACUACAGGGGGGCGGAGGGGGUCCGCGGGACUGACGGGGGAGGACGCCAACGGGGUGCCGCUCAGACGCUCCAAGCGGGGUUGGAUGUGGAACCAGUUCUUUUUGUUGGAGGAGUACACCGGGACGGACUUGCAGUACGUCGGAAAGCUUCACUCCGACGGAGACCGAGGCGACGGCAGCGUGAAGUACAUCCUCACCGGGGACGGAGCGGGGACCCUCUUCAAGAUCGAUGAGAAGAACGGCGACAUCCACGCCACCAAGAGGCUGGACCGAGAGGAGAAGGCCUUCUACCUCCUCCACGCCAAAGCCAUCAACCGCUUCACCAACGAGGCGCUGGAGGGCGAGUCCGAGUUCAUCAUCAAGAUCCACGACAUCAACGACAACGAGCCGCGCUUCACCAAGGACCCCUACAUCGCCAGCGUCCCGGAAAUGUCCGACAUCGGCACCUCGGUGAUUCAGGUGACGGCCACCGACGCGGACGACGCCACCUAUGGGAACAGUGCCAGGGUGGUGUACAGCAUCCUGGAGGGGCAGCCAUACUUCUCUGUGGACCCCGAAACCGGCCUGAUUAAGACCGCCCUGGCCAACAUGGACCGGGAGGUGAAAGAGCACUACCAGGUGGUGAUCCAGGCCAAAGACAUGGCCGGGCAGAUGGGCGGACUCUCAGGAACCACCACGGUCAGCAUCACGCUCAGUGACGUCAACGACAACCCGCCGCGCUUCACCAAGACUCUGUAUGAGUUCAGAGUGAACGAGUCCAUCGAGCUGGGGUCCACGGUGGGAGUGAUCCGGGCCAUGGACGCCGACGUCGGGGAGAACGCCGAGAUGGAGUACCGGAUCAUGAGCAGCGACGGCCCCGGGAUGUUUGAUAUCACCACCAAUCGCAGCACGCAGGAGGGCGUCAUUGUGCUCAGGAAGCCUCUGGACUUCGAGAGGAAGCGUCAGUACAGCCUCCGCAUCCAGGUGGAGAACGUCCACAUCAACCCUCGCUUCUACGCCAAGGGCCCCUUCAGGGACGACGCCUCCGUCAAGAUCCUGGUGGAGGAUGUGGACGAACCUCCGGUGUUCGAGCACUCCAGCUACACCAUGAAGGUGAGGGAGGACGCGCCCCGGAACAAAAUCAUCGGAUCGGUCAACGCGUCCGACCCCGACGACAAGAACUGGACCGUCAGGUACUCCAUCGACCGACACACCGACAUGGACCGGAUCUUCAGCAUCCACGCGUGGAACGGCUCGGUGUUCAUCCAGCGGGACCUGGACCGGGAAGAGAAGGCCUGGCACAACAUCACCGUCGUCGCCAUCGAGUCGAACAACCCGCGACAGUUCAGCAAGGUGCCCGUGUACAUCAGAGUGCUGGACGUCAACGACAACGCUCCGACGUUUGCCACCAAUUACGAGACGUUUGUCUGCGAGAACGCCAAGGCUAAUCAGAGGAUCCAAACGGUGAGCGCCACGGACCCCGACGAGCCGCCCGGAGGACACAGCUUCUUCUUCAGCCUCGCCCAGGAGGCUGCUGGGAAGGCCAACUUCUCCGUGCGUGACAACAAAGACAACACGGCGUGGAUCGUGACGCGGAGGAACAGCUACAACAGCCUGCAGAAGAGCGUGUACCACGUGCCCGUGGUCAUCUCCGACGGCGAGCUCCCCGUGCAGAGCAGCACCAACACGCUCACCAUCCGUGUGUGCACCUGCGACCGCGAGGGCAACAUGAAGCUGUGCAACGCCGAGGCGCUGACGGCAAGGGCGGGGCUCAGCACUGGCGCCCUGGUGGCCAUCUUGCUUUGCGUCAUCAUCCUGCUGAUGAUCGUGGUGCUGUUCGCCGCCCUGAGGAGGCAGAGGAAGAAGGAGCCUCUGAUCAUCUCCAAGGAGGACGUCAGGGACAACGUGGUCAGCUACAACGACGAGGGCGGCGGCGAGGAGGACACGCAGGCGUUCGACAUCGGAACGCUGCGCAACCCGGAGGCCAUCGAGGAGAGCAAGCAGCGGCGAGACAUCGUCCCCGAGACCUUCUACCCGCCCGUGCGGCGGCCCCCUCCGGCGCCGGCACGGGACAAUAACGGGGACGUGCGGGACUUCAUCAACCAGCGGCUGCAGGACAACGACAGCGACCCCACGGCGCCGCCGUACGACUCCCUGGCCACCUACGCCUACGAGGGCAGCGGCUCGGUGGCCGAGUCGCUCAGCUCGCUGGAGUCGGCCACCACCGAGGGCGACCAGGACUACAACUACCUGAGCGAGUGGGGGCCGCGCUUUAAGAAACUGGCUGACAUGUACGGCGGCGACGACAGCGACAGGGAUUCCUAACGGGAGGGAGCGGAGAAAGGAGGAGGGGGGGAGGGGGAGAGAGAAGAUGGGUGAGA